AUGCCGAUAUGGCCACCUCAGCAUCGAUUGACCAUGAAGAUUGCUAUCGCAAUACUCGCGUCGAGCUUGGUGUCGACCGGUUUCGGGCUAGAAUCAUCGCCAAACCUCGUACGCGUCUUGGGCCCACAAGCCGUGAAUUUAUGGAGGUUGGAUGCGGAGGCCAAAGCGAAGACGCUAGGGAAUGCGGCGCUGCGUGUUCAAGAUUCGAAUGAAUCGCUGAACCCGUUGGCUGAGUUCCCGGUUCAGGUGUUCGAGCAGCCGCUAGACCACUUCGGAGGUGUGAAUGGGACGUUCAACCAGAGGUACUGGGUGAACUCGAGGCACUUCACCUCGGGUGGUCCUGUUAUCGUCCUUGACGGCGGCGAAACCAGCGGCGAAGAUAGGCUGCAGUUCUUGGAUACAGGGAUCGUGGAGAUAUUGGCGAAAGCCACGGGCGGACUGGGAGUAGUACUAGAGCACCGCUACUACGGCGAAUCUAUCCCCGUCCCCGACUUCUCGACCGACAACUUGCGAUUCCUGAGUAACGAGCAAGCAGCUGCGGACUCUGCGAACUUCAUGGCAAAUGUUAAAUUCGAAGGAAUCAAGGACGACCUCACUGCUCCAAAGACGCCUUGGAUUUAUUACGGUGGUUCUUACGCAGGCGCUCGUGCUGCUCAUAUGAAGAUCCUGUACCCCGACCUUGUCUUUGGGGCUAUUGCAUCCAGCGGUGUUACUCAUGCUGCGCUCUCCAACUGGCAAUACAUGGACAUCAUUCGACGGGCGGCAGACCCGACUUGCAUGCGCAAUAUAGAACAAUCGAUUCGAAUUGUCGAUACUAUUCUGACCACUCGAGUCUUCGCUCGCCCUCUGAAAGGGUUAUUUGGGCUAGCAGACCUCGAACACGACGUCGACUUUGUUUCCACCAUUGAGAGUCCCCUAGGGUCUUGGCAAUCGAAAAAUUGGAACCCUGCUAUUGGCAGUACGCGCUUUGAUACAUUUUGUGCAGCUGUCAACACUGCUCCUGAGGGCAUGGCGAACUUUACUGACCUCCCUUUCGGAGCGCGAGAAAGGCUGGUACACAUUACAGACGGCUCAGCCUUGAUUUCGCCCUCACGAAUUAUGCUAAAUACAUUAAAGACAACGUUGCUUCCCGCUGCCGUUCCACCGUCGAGGAGUGCUUCGGAACCUUUGACGAUUCCCAAUACCAAGCUAUCGGGCUCGAUCAAGACUGGCGGCUUUGGACUUUCCAAGUCUGCACUCAAUGGGGAUACUUCACCGUAUGCCGCUAAAUUACUUCCUCGUACAGCACCUCCGGACCCAAGAACGCCGCGCAUCAUCUCGAAGUUACUUACUUUGGACUACGAGUCGAAGAUCUGCAAGCAAGCUUAUCCGCCGGGAAAGCACUUCACGGUACCUCCCUUCCCAAACGUCACUGCUGUGAAUGUCCUUGGCGACUUCGCUAUCGCUGCGGACAGGCUCGCGAUUAUUGAUGGCGAGGUCGACCCUUGGCGCCCGGACACACCUCACAGCGAGGAUGCCAAACCACGCCCAGACACUGCGUUGCGCCCAUUCAAGUUGAUACCUGAUGCUGUACAUCACUACGACGAAUACGGCUUAGCGGAUAUGUUCGCCGAACCUCCCGAAAUCCUCAAAAUCCACAAUGAGAUGAUCAUCUUCGUACAAGAUUGGUUGGCGGAUUUCAAGGCCCCUGACAAGGUAUAA